CGUCGCCGCCGCCGCCGCGGGAGCCGCGGGAGCCGCGGGAGCCGCGGGAGCGGAGGAGGGAGAAGCCAGGGAGAAAAUGGCGGCCGUGGCUGCUGAGGCGGCGGCGACCGCGGCGUCCCCCGGGGAGGGGGGCGCCGGCGAGGCCGAGCCCGAGAUGGAGCCCAUCCCCGGCAGCGAGGCGGGCGCGGACCCGCUCCCGGGCACGGCCACGGAAGCGUCGGUGCCGGACGGCGAGGCCGACGGGCAGCCGCCUUCCCCGCGGGCCGACGAGCCGCCGCCGCCGACGCCGCCGCUGCCGCCGCCGCCGCCGCCCGGGGAGCCGGGCCGCUGCGGGGACGCGGCCGAGCCGCCGCCCGCCGGGGCCGGGGAGCCGCCCGGGCCGCCCGCGCCCGCCCCGGCCGCCGCCGCCGCCGCCGCCGCCGAGCCCCCGCCCCCGCCCCCGCCCGCGCCCGCGCCCGCGCUCGCGCCGCCCGGGGACGCGGCCGUGUCGCGACUCAUCCCCGGCUCCGAGGUGCGGGUCACGCUGGACCACAUCAUCGAGGACGCGCUCGUGGUGUCGCUGCGCCUCGGGGACAAGCUCUUCUCCGGGGUCCUCAUGGAUCUGUCCAAAAGGUUUGGGCCUCAUGGGAUCCCUGUGACAGUAUUUCCCAAAAGGGAAUAUAAGGACAAACCCGAGGCCACGCAGCUCCAAAGUAGUACAUUCCAAGAUGGGCCCGAGGUCAAGUGUGAAGCCAAUGGUGCUGUUCCCAACGACCCUUCUCCCGUCCCGCCUCCCGAGCCCAGCCUGGCCGCGAGCCCGUGGGCCUCCAAGCCGCCGCCGCUCUUCCACGAAGGCGCGCCUUACCCUCCCCCGUUGUUUAUCAGGGACACGUACAACCAGUCGAUACCUCAGCCGCCGCCUCGGAAGAUUAAGCGACCCAAGCGGAAAAUGUACAGGGAAGAGCCCACGUCGAUCAUGAACGCCAUCAAGCUCCGGCCCAGGCAGGUCCUCUGCGACAAAUGCAAGAGCAGCGUCGUGGCGGAGAAAAAGGAGAUCCGGAAAGGGAGCCACGCCGGUGACGCCUCCAAGUACGAAGACAAGAAACGGAGGCACGACAGCGUGACGACCGUCAACAAAAAACUGAAAACCGACCCGAAGGUGGACGGGAAGCACCAAAACGAAAGCCAGCGGAGAAGCGCCGCCGUGGUCAAGGUCGCCAGCAUGGCCCACGGCAGGGGCCGGGUGGUGAAGGUGCCCGCCCAGGCGAACACGUCGAAGGCGCAGCUCAGUACGAAAAAGGUGCUGCAGAGCAAGAACAUGGACCACGCCAAGGCGCGCGAAGUGUUGAAAAUGGCCAAAGAGAAGGCGCAGAAGAAGCAGAGCGAGACCUCCACGUCGAAAAGCGCGCACUCGAAAGUCCACUUCACCCGCCGCUACCAGAACCCCAGCUCAGGUGCCCUCCCGCCCCGGGUGCGCUUAAAACCGCAGCGGUACCGCAACGAGGAGAAUGACUCUUCCCUGAAGGCGGGCCUGGAGAAGGUGCGCGGCGGCAAGGUGGCCCCCAAGCCCCCGGCCCGCUGCACCUCCACCCGCGCCGCAGGUGAGGCCCCUUCCGAAAGCCAGAGCCCCUCGCCGGGCGCCGGACCGGCCCGCGGGGAGGCUCGGGGCGCUGGUGAGCAGGAGGAGCCGCAGACCGCGGGCAGCCGGGGUGGCAGGAGCCAGCUCUCGGUGUACGUGGCCCUAAACCAGAGGCGCGGCUCCCCCAGCGCUUCGGUGUGGAGCGGCGAUAGCUCCGAGGACCCGCGCUCCUCCGCCUCCGAGGGUAGCUCCCCCGAGGGCCUGGCCUUUCCUGCGGGCGGCCUGCAUGCGCCGUCCACCUCCUCCGCGCCCUCCUCUCCUCCGCGGGAAGAGAAAAAGCUCAGUGAUUCCUUGAAAAUGAAAGUCUUUUCCAAAAACGUCUCUAAGUGCGUCACGCCAGAUGGCAGGACCAUCUGCGUAGGGGACAUUGUCUGGGCCAAGAUCUAUGGUUUCCCCUGGUGGCCCGCCCGGGUGCUCUCCAUCACUGUGAGCCGCAAGGAUAACGGGCUCCUGGUCCGCCAGGAGGCCCGCAUUUCCUGGUUCGGGUCCCCCACCACCUCUUUCCUUGCUCUCUCGCAACUCUCCCCCUUCCUAGAAAACUUCCAGGCGCGCUUUAAUAAGAAGAGAAAGGGCCUGUACCGCAGGGCGAUCACAGAGGCGGGCAGGGCUGCCGAGCAGCUGACCCCCGAGGUGCGGGCUCUGCUGACCCAGUUUGAGACCUGACCC